CCAUCUAGUAUUAUUGCCUCUGUUCCAAUCCUUGACAAUCUACUGGACUCCUAAAUGACACUGAAGAAUAAUAUGAAUAUAAUAACGAUUCAAAUGGUUAAGGUGUUUUUCAGCUGAAAAGCAAAUUAUCAGCCAACCAUUAACAUUACCAGGGGAAGUUAAAGCUCUGAUCUCUUACGUCCAUGUUUAAAUGAAUACAGCGAAUAUUUACAUUUGAUGCACUGCUUAUUACCGAGUGCUCACAUGCAAGGGAUUCGGUGUAACACAGAAUUAAAUUCAUAAAUCAAUGGCCAUACUUUCGACAUCUUUGUUUUCCACGUGUGGGUACCUUCAGAACAACAAAUUUUCCCAUUUGCAACCCUCGCUGUCCACCACGUCUGUCAAGACUUGCAACACAAGAGCUUUGUCUGUAAACAGUGCGAACAGGGGCCUAAAAGUUGCAUCAAAGGACGAUAUUCAGUACUUUUGGCAAUGGCUGUCAGAUGAAGGGGGUAUCUCAAGUUCAUCUACAUCGGUGAAGCCUGAAAUUGUACCUCAAAGGUUGGGUUUGGUGGCCCAAAGAAAUAUUUCUCAGGGAGAGGUUGUUCUGGAAGUGCCCAAAAAGAUUUGGAUAAGUAUGGAUACAGUAUACGCUUCUGAAAUUGGGAAGUUGUGCCAGGGCUUGAGACCUUGGGUGGCUAUUUCACUCUUUUUGCUUAGGGAAAAAUCAAAGUUGAAUUCUCCCUGGAGGCCUUAUCUCAACAUUCUUCCAGAGACAUUGGAUUCUCCCAUGUUUUGGUCAGAAGAGGAGCUAGCUGAGCUGCAAGGAACUCAGUUGCUGAGUAGCACCUUAGGCUACAAGGACUAUGUAGGAAAUGAGUUUUUGAAGGUUCAAGAUGAAGUCAUAGCUCCGAACAGGCAUCUUUUUGACUCUGAUAUAACAGAGGAGGACUUUCUCUGGGCCUUUGGGAUACUGAGAUCCAGGGCAUUCCUUCCUCUUACAGGAGACAAUCUUGCUUUGGUUCCAUUUGCAGAUUUGGUAAACCAUGGGUUUAAUAUAGCCGCAGAAGAGCCUAGCUGGGAGAGAAGAGGAUCUGGACUCUUCAAUCGGCAAGAAGCAUUGAGCAUGAAAGCACCAGCCGCUUUUAUGGCUGGGGAACAGGUCUUUAUGCAAUAUGGGAGGAAUAAAAGCAAUUCUCAAUUGGCAUUGGAUUAUGGGAUUGUGGAGCGCAAUGCCAUUAAUGAUCCCAAUAGGAAUAUCUUUACUCUGACUUUGGAAAUUUCAGAAUCAGACCCAUUUUUUGCUGAUAAAUUGGAUAUAGCUGAGUUGAAUGGCAUGCAAACUACUAUGUACUUCGAUAUAGCUCAAGGUCAGGACCUGCCAGAAUCCAUGUUAACAUUCUUGCGUCUUAUGGCUCUUGGAGGAACAGACGCUUUCCUGCUGGAAGCAUUAUUUAGGGAUUCAGUGUGGGGCCAUCUAAGUUUGCCUGUUAGCGAAGCCAACGAGGCAACUAUUUGUAAAGUGAUUCUAGAUGGCUGUCAAUCUGCCCUGGGUGGUUAUGCUACUACUAUUGAAGAGGAUAAAGCAUUGCUAGGACAGCAAUUAGAACCCAGAUUGGAAAUAGCUGUAGUGACAAGGCUAGGUGAAAAGCGGGUGCUGCGGGAAAUUCAAAGCUCGUUUGAAGGGUAUAGGGCACAGCUUGAUCAGCUUGAAUACUACCAAGAAAAAAGACUUAAGGAUCUAGGUCUCUGUGGUGAACUAGGAGAUGUCAUCUUCUGGGAAUCCUAGUAGACCUAUCCAUUAGUUCUUAUUGAAUCGUUUCUCAAGCAAUAAUGUUUUAUCUUCCAUGCUUAGAGAAAACAAGUAAAAGCGAAGGGAGUUUUUAAUUGUAGGAAUCAUCAUGCUCUUGGUUGUAUGCAACUUACUAGGUAGAAUACCUCAAGUGAAAGUCAAAUGUACAAAGUUAAGUAUCACCUUAUUCACCAUAAUUAAUACAAAUAUGUUUGAAUCA